UACCCAUCAUGCAACGCACUAGCAAGACGUUGAUCGAAAUUGCGCAGGUCUGCGCAGGUCUCGCUUGUUUCAAACAAGCCUAAUGCUUCAAGACUCAAAUUCCCCACAGCCUUUGCGGAUUAAACAACAUGCUCACAUGCCCCUUUCACACCAGCGCUUUUUCAGCUCCGGCUCGGAGCUGGAGCCUGAAAAGUGCCGGGUUUUCCUGUUCACACCGCAGCGGCGCCGGCUCUUAGCUCCGGAAUCCGGUUCGCUUCCAGCUCCAAAAAAUUGUCGGUCUAGAGCAGUGUUUCCCAACCGGGGGUACGCGUACCCCUAGUGUUACGUGGGUGGUCCCCAGGGGGUACGUGAAAAUAUUUUUGAAAAGUGUAAAAAAAAAAAAAAAAAAAAUUUGAUUUUAGAUUUUUUUUUAUUAAACAUUUUACAGGAAAACUGUACACAAAUAAUGAAUAAUGCAUAAUCUGUAAUAAUGUAACCAAAAUUGGGAGCAUUCAAAUUAAGUAAUAAUUUGCUGGCUAUAUAUUAUUAUUGGCGCGGCGUUCAGCUUCCCGCCGGACUGUCAGGUGUUACAUCAUCAUCAUCAUUGUAGUGGCGCGCUGGUUUUCUUGCUAGCUAGCAAAAUAUCAACAUCCUAUCAAGUGAAUGCGCUGGUGUUUAUUGAGAUGAAAAAUUUCUGUUAACAUAAUCAUUAUGGAUCAAUGGCUGAGUCGAGCUGGUUCAUCCAGAAACAACAGCACAGGUGAUACUGCUGAAUUAGGUUCUCAAGAAAAUGAAAACAGAGAAGGUGAAGAAUCGUCAGUUUGGUGAACAUUAUGUGCUCUCCGGGUUUACGGUCACAACUACAGAGCCACCGCAGCCAAUGUGUUUCAUCUGUGGCGACGUGCUUUCUAAUAAUAGCAUGAAACCAUUCCAUUUACAUCGGCACCUUAGUACUAGACAUCCCGCCUGUGUGGGUAAGCCUGCAGAGUUUUUCCACCAAAAGCUGGCUGAAUUUAAGGGAAGCCAAGAAAAACUAAAGAAAGCGACAUCGGUCUCAACCAAGGCCUUGGAGGCAUCUUAUGCCGUGUCGCUACUCGUUGCUAAAUCGAAAAAGCCAUUUACCAUAGCCGAAGAGCUAAUCUUGCCUGCUGCUAUAUUUCCCGUAGAAACUAUGCUCGAUAAGAAAGCAGCUGAUGUCCUGAAGAAAGUGUCGUUGUCAAAUAAUACUGUGUGCCAUCGGAUCGACGACAUGGGAAUUGACAUCAUUGACCAAGUGGUGGAAAAAUGUAAAGCGUCUGGUACGUUCGCUUUGCAGUUGGACGAAUCAACGGAUGUCAGUGGGGAAGCACAACUGAUUGCGUUUGUGCGUUACAAAGACACUUUGGAGAUAAACGAGCACAUUCUGUUUUGCAAGAAACUCACGGGGAGAACUACCGGACAGGACGUUUUUAACGUUAUUGACAAUUUUUUCUCUCAACACAAGCUGGAUUGGAAAUCCUGCUCUCAUGUGUGCACAGACGGCGCUGCGGCGAUGACCGGCAGAGUAAAUGGAUUAAUGGCCCACAUAAAAAAGGUAAAUCCUGACGUUACAUGGACGCACUGCAUGGUUCACCGAGAAGCAUUAGCUAGCAAGAGAAUGAGUCCAGAGUUAAACGAUGUUUUGAAUGAUGCCGUAAAAGUGAUCAACUUCAUACAGUCCAGGCCUUUGAAUCAUAGACUGUUUCAGUCACCUUGUGAAGACGGUGGGUCAGAACAUAAACAGCUCCUGCUUCACACUGACGUCCGCAUGGUUAUCCCGAGGGAAGACGUUACAGUGGCUGUUCGAGCUACGCAAUGAAGUGAGGGCAUUUCUGUCGGAGCACACACACCCACGUGGCUAUGUUCGACGACGCUGACUGGGUAGCUCGGCUGGGAUACCUCUCUGAUAUUUUCAGCAAACUCAACCAGCUGAAUCUCUCUCUUCAAGGUAAAGACACACAUGUUCUUAGCUUGUAUGACAAAGUGUGUGGAUUCAUGGAGAAGAUCAAGCUCUGGCAGAGCAAAUGUGAAAAAAUUGAUACAAGUUGUUUCCUGCAGCUGAACGCAUACAUUGCUACUGGUGAAUGUGACAGAGCUCCAAUUGUGAAAAUAGUACACACACAUUUGUCCAAGCUCAAGAAUGAGUUCAACUCCUACUUCCCUGAUAUUGACAACAAGUCAUCCACACUGGACUGGGUGCGUAAUCCAUUUGUGACGUGCAUUAAAGCAGCAUUCCCGCCAGACUGCAAGAAGACCUCAUAGAUGUGUCCUCAGAUAGGAGCCUGAAGAUGAGGUACUCAAGCACACCACUGACACAGUUCUGGUGUGGUGUGGAGAAGGAGUAUCCUGAAUUGGGGAAACAUGCCCUGAAUGAACUGUUGCCUUUUGGGUCCACAUACCUGUGUGAGGUGACAUUCUCCGCCAUGAUCCACAUCAAGACUAAACACAGGAACAGACUCAACUUGGAGAAUAACCUGGUCACAGCUGUUGCAACAAUCUCCCCCAGACUCACAAAACUGAUGAGGGAGAAACAGGCUCAAGUGUCACAUUAAUUGGUUUCACCUUAGCUACACACAGGGCCGUAUCCAGGCCCCGCCCCCCGGCC